GACAACGAUUCAAAAACGAGAAAAUACGGAUUGAAGAUCGACUGUUUCACCUGCCGCCUGACGGUCAUUUUUCAGUACCUGGUGGAAAAGGACAAACCGCUCAAGCGAUUCGACUACAUGACGGGCACCACGGUCGAUUUGGACGAUCGUAUCAAGAACACGAUCACCGACUUCCUGGAUCGAGUCCCCGCGAACAAAACGGCUACCGGAGCUGACCGGAAGGUGUACAAGACGUACAAAAUGUGUCUGGACACAGAGACAACUGGAUUUGGCCAGCUUCGCGAAAUCCUGAAGGCUGUCGGCGGCCCCCCCAUUUUCUGGGAAACCUCGCCCGAGCCUGAACGACACGAUUCGCUUGACGGACGCAUCGCCUGGAAGCUGCCGGUGCAGCUGAUCACGCAGAAACUGCUCGUCGAGGAGCUCGCGAAAGUGCUAGCCGAAGAUCUUGGCGAAGCCGACACCCCUGAACGCGCCGCUCUCCGAGCAGAAAACCAACUCCGUACAGACCAGAGCCCAUGGCUAUUUUGGUAUUACGAAAUCGAUGCCUUGUCGAAUCUGAUGCUGCCCACCUGGAUCAAGGCUCAAUACCCUGCCCACGAGCUGCCCGCGAAGCUCCGCAUCUCCCACAACAAAUAUUUUGAGCAGCUCGACAAGCUGGUCGGCGAGUACCCGGAGGAGGCGGUCGAAGCGGUGAUUGCCCAGCUGGUGCUCAACCGGAUUCACGAGAUUGGCGAGAAGUACGAGGAGAUCUACAAGGAUUCACUCGCCUCGUCAAAUGCUGUCGUGAACGCCUUGAACACCUACGAUAAAAUUCGGAUCCUGUGGGGACUCCUGGCCCCGCCCCUCUACUCGUCCACCGACGCCCUGGAGAUGAUCUACGGCGGCGUCGGGUUCACCAUCGGCCACGAGCUCGGGCACACCAUCGACCCGAAUAGUAUCGACCGUUCGCCUCCGGUGCUCAUCGGCGCCGAGGACGCCGAGCAGUUCGAGGAACAAGUCGAAUGCAUCCAACACCAAUAUGGCAAUCAGACGCUCCCGCUGAACACCCUAGACGACGUCUUCAGACAACCCGGAGACCUGACCCAUGGGGAGACGGUGGCUGACAAUGUCGGGUUGAGGUCGAGCUUUAGGGCCUACCGCAAGGAGCGCCAGCGCGUUUACGGCAAAAAGGAGAAGAGGCUCCCCGGACUCGAAAGCUACACCCCUGACCAGCUCUACUUUAUCGCUGCAGCCAUGUUCUGGUGUGGCGAGGCCAGCGAUGAUCGUCUAGUCGGCGCCCUCGAAAAUGUGCACCCGCCCGGCGUUUUUCGUGUCAAUGAGAUGAUGAAAAACUCGAACGAAUUUGCUCGCGCCUACAAGUGCCCGCUGAACUCGCCGAUGAACCCGGCGAAGAAGUGCCGCGUGUGGCGCCACAAGAAGAGACAC